UUGUGCAAGCUCUGCUCUGACCUCUCCCACAGUGACAAGUAACAAGAAUACUUUGAACUGAGUCAGGAAAUAGACGGAUCACAUAUCUAUGAUCUUGGCAGGCGGUCUAUUCAUCGUUUGACAAAGCAAUUGUUACCAUGAAUAUUCUUCUUAAAGUCAAGCCAUUCACCCACCAUUUCACUCCAAGAGUUUGUUGCAGAUUUUUCAGCAAGGAUAAGAUUUAUUUUGUCCCUCAAAAUUUCACAGACUAUGACCAUAUUCAACAGAUCUAUAAACCUGAGGUGCCAGAAUAUUUUAACUUUGCAAGUGAUGUCUUAGACAAAUGGACAGCUGCUGAGAAGGAUGGCACUAAGAAACCCAACCAUGCUCUAUGGUUGAUAGAUGGUACUGGAAAGGAGAUUCAGUGGAGCUUUGAAGAGCUGGGCUUCCACUCUAGAAAAGUGGCUAACAUUCUUUCUGAUGCCUGUGACCUGAAACCAGGAGACAGAGUUAUUGUCAUUUUGCCCCGGUUACCAGAAUGGUGGCUGCUUAAUGUUGCAUGUUUAAGAGCCGGUCUGGUUUUAAUUCCUGGGACAACGCAGCUUACAGCAAAAGACAUUCUACACAGACUACAGGCAUCAGAAGCAAAGUGCAUUAUUACUCACGAUGACCUGGCACCAGUAAUAGACAACAUUACAGCACAAGCUCCAUGCUUGAAAAACAAAAUGGUGGUAUCUGGAAGUCCAAGGGAAGGUUGGCUGAGUUUCCAAGAGCUUCUCCAGGCAGCUAGUGACACACACACCUGUGUGAGGACAAGGAGCACCGACCCAAUGACUAUCUAUUUCACUAGUGGAACGACCGGCGCCCCAAAGAUGACAGAACAUAGUCACUGCAGCUUUCCAAUUGGAUUAACUGUUAAUGCAAGGUAUUGGUUGGACUUGUUACCCUCAGAUGUGUUUUGGAAUGCUUCAGAUACAGGCUGGGCAAAGUCAGCUUGGAGUAGCGUAUUUUCUCCUUGGAUCCAAGGUUCAUGUGUAUUUGCCCACAGUAUGCCAAGAUUUGAUGCAGCUGUCAUUUUGGAAACACUUGUCAAGUACCCAGUCACAACAUUCUGCUCGGCUCCAACUCUUUAUCGCAUGAUGGUGCUACACAACCUUGAUAGUUAUAAGUUCAAGAGCCUUAAACACUGUGUAAGUGCUGGAGAGCCCAUCAACCCCCAGGUAAUGGAGCAAUGGAAAGCCGCCACUGGACUAGACAUUUAUGAAGGCUACGGCCAAACUGAAACUGUGCUGAUAUGUGGAAACUUCAAAGGAAUGAAAAUAAAACCUGGAUCUAUAGGGAAACCUUCGCCAGCCUAUGAUGUCCAGAUUGUUGAUGGUGGUGGCAAUAUUUUACCCUUACAUCAAGAAGGUGAUAUUGGAGUUCGGAUAUCACCCCAAAAACCAUUUUGUCUCUUUUCGCAAUACACGGGCGAACCGGAAAAAACAGCUUCAACACAAAGGGGAGACUUUUACCUUACUGGAGACAGAGCCAUAAAAGAUGAAGAUGGCUAUUUUUGGUUUGUUGGACGAUCCGAUGAUAUUAUAUUGUCCUCUGGGUAUCGUAUUGGGCCAUUUGAAAUAGAAAGUGCUCUCAUAGAACACCCCGCCGUUAUUGAAUCUGCAGUGGUCAGCAGUCCAGACCCAAUCAGAGGAGAGGUUGUGAAGGCAUUUAUUGUCCUUUCUCCUACAUACAGUGGACAGGAUCCAGGGAAACUCAUAUCAGAAUUACAGGAACAUGUCAAACAAGUGACUGCCCCCUACAAGUAUCCAAGAAAGAUUGAAUUUGUUCAGCAACUACAGAAAACAGUCAGCGGGAAGAUUCGAAGAAAUGAACUUAGAAACAAAGAAUGGGGAAAAGCCUAAAAAAACAGUAAUCACUUUUACAAAAAGUUUUAAGCUUAAAAGCGGACAAUAAAUUAGCAUUUUUUUCACUUU